AUGCGACUGCCUGGUGCUGGCUCGGCCAGCAGGAAGUUUCUGCUGGGCAGCAUACUUUGCCUUUUAUGGAUAAAAUUACCCGACCAGCCCGUCAGCGCCUCGGUGGAGACGGAAAUCAUGGAAAAGUGGGCCGACAACUUUGGGGAAGAGCUGUGGGAGCUGGCACAAACGAUGACAAAGGCGAUGGAAAUUACGGCGAAAUACAAAGCUUACAACGCUCGGGUCGAGCACAAGGACGGUACGGCCCUGAUCAAGUCCAUCGUCGAGAACGUGGGUCUGAUGUUUAUCCGCAAGAUGGACGCGAUCAAGUGCAUCAUCAACCAGGCAGAGUACAUGUCGGAACGGUUUAGCUACAAUGAAACGAUGGCCGAAACCUUCGAGUACUACUCCAGCAAGUACUCGAAUAUCGAUGGUCGACCGGAACCGGAAAUACCGGAGACGCUACAGGAGAACCAGUGGAUGUAUCGCAACAUGUCACUGAACUCGGACACGCACUUCUUCAACAUCUCCGUCAACACGGACUACAGCUCGGUGCACGUGCCGCAGAACGUGUACGAUCGCUACCCACGGGUACUGGAGGCCCUCCAGUGGUCCGAGUCGCUGGACGAAGUGUUCAUGCAGAACUAUCAGUCCGAUCCGGCCCUCUCGUGGCAGUACUUUGGCUCGUACACGGGCAUGUUGCGCCACUACCCGGCCCUCGAGUGGAACCGCGAUCACGUUGAUACGUUCGACUGUCGCAAGCGCUCGUGGUACAUCGAAACGGCCACCUGCUCCAAGGACAUCGUGAUACUGCUCGACAAUUCCGGUUCGAUGACGGGCUACCGAAACUACAUCGCUCAGCUAACCGUCAAGAGCAUACUGGACACCUUUUCGAAUAACGAUUUUAUAAACAUUUACAAAUACUCGAACGAUGUGGAUCCCCUGAUUCCGUGCUUUAAGGACAUGCUGGUACAAGCCACACCGGAGAACAUGCGCUUUUUCAACGAGUACGUCCGGGAGCUGCUACCGGAGGGGUAUGCCAAUGUGAAAAAGGCUUUCAUUGCGGCGUUCGAACUGCUGCAGAAGUACCGUGAAAUCCGUCGCUGCAACGAGUCGGUAAGCGGCUGCAAUCAGGCCAUCAUGCUCAUCACCGACGGCGGAGUGCCGAGUAACAUCACGGAGGUGUUUGAGGCGUACAAUUGGUACGAGAACGGUACCAAGAUACCGGUGCGUGUCUUCACCUAUCUGCUUGGCCGCGAAGUGACCAAGGUGCGUGAGAUCCAGUGGAUGGCCUGUCUGAACCGGGGCUACUACUCGCACAUUCAAUCACUGGACGAGGUGCAGGAGGAGGUGCUGAAGUAUGUAAGCGUGAUAGCAACCCCGCUGGUGCUGCAGGGUGUCGAGCAUCCGCCGACCUGGACACACGCCUUCACCGACACGGCCGAAAAUCUUCUAACCGAGACCCAUGACGAUGAGCCCCCGCGGCUAAUGAUAGCCGUCGGGGCGCCAGCCUACGAUCGAAAGGCCAACCACUACAACGAAUCACGAACGGCCCGUUUGCUCGGUGUGGCGGGCACAGACAUUCCCGUCGAGGAUCUGGACGAGCUGACGUUACCGUACAAGCUGGGCGUCAACGGGUACUCGUUCAUUGUCAGCAACAACGGGUACGUCCUGAUGCAUCCGGAUCUGCGUCCCGUCUAUAACGGCCGCCUGAAGGAGAACUACAACAGUAUCGAUCUGACCGAGAUCGAGCAGAUAUACGAUGAGAACAUUACGCGCCAGGUCGAAGAUAUGACGGGGCGCGAGAUGAGCCCGCUGAUACUGGAACUGCGGCAGCAUCUGGUCGAUUCGAAGUUUGGCAACAUGACCAAGCUACCGGUGCGCUUCCACUACGACAAGAUGCGGCGCGUUUCGCUCGAGUACCAGGACUACUACUACGCCCCGCUAGAAAACACUCCGUUCUCGCUGGGCCUGGUACUGCCCCACGAUUACGGCAGCACCUGGAUUAAGGUGGGCGACGAGAUCAAGCGCAACCAGCACAUGGGUAUCAACAUUUCCGACUUCUUCGUCGGCGACAACUGGAAGGUCCAUCCGGAAUGGGUGUACUGUAAGUACCACUACCUUGAAGGGCACGAGUUUAAGACGCCCGAGGACGAGCUGAGCCACUUUCUGGUGCGACUGUACGAGCCAACGUGGAAGUUUUCGCAACAGUACGAACCGGAACCGGAGGAUUUCGAUCAGGAUUCCGAUGAACCCAACUGUGGCCGCAAAACGCUCGAUGACGAUGCGUACUACUGCAACAAGGAACUGGUGCAGCUACUUAUCUUCGACGCCAAGGUCACCAACAACAGUUACAGCAAGUGGGAGUUUGAGGACGACGAUAAGCGCAAGAUCAUCGAGAUGUACAAUGCGACCCUUCGGUUUGUGGCCACCAUGAGCGGGCUCACCCGGUGGCAGUUUAUCUUCGGUGAGGUCGAGGUGGACACGGACAGCGAGUUCGGCGAUUACCACCAGAAAGCGAUCGAUGAAACGUGGUACCGGAGUGCCAUCCUGCAGCACAAGAUCGACCCGAAGAGCUUCGUGUACUCGGUGCCGCACGAAUCGGACCCACCGGAAGACGGCGAGCUGAAGGUGACGGCCAGCAUGGCAAUCUUCCCGCGCGACGGUGGUCUGGAGGCGCCCGGCUGCGUGACGGGCUUUCAGUUUUCACACUCGCUCAUGUACGAUCGGUUCAUGGAGAUCACUUCAAAAACGACGUGCGACGGCUGCAUUGAGACGUGUGCCUCCGAUUCUCGGGAUUGCUACGUGAUCGACAAUAACGGAUACGUGGUGUUGUCGAAAACCGCGAACCACACGGGCAAGUUUUUUGGCGAGAUCGAAGGAUCCAUCAUGCAGUCGAUGGUGGACAAGGAGAUCUUCAUCAUGAUCUCCGUGUUCGAUCUGCAAGGACUGUGCGAGCAUGAGAAGGUUGUCGAAAACGAUGCCAUGGCGUUGAUGCACCCGGUGAAGCUGAUGAUGCUGGGACUGAAGUGGCUGAUUGCGGAAGUAGCGAUCAUGUUGUCCCGGGUUGACUUUUGGGUGCACGGCAUACCGAGUCACGAUUACGGUGGACACGAGUACGAGGACUACGACGAGGCACGCCCCGCCAAGCCGAAGAAAAUUCACGUCGACGAAGAGGAGGAAUACUUCAACCGACCGAAAGAGAUCAAAACCGAGAUCGUAUACGAACCGUGUGAUAAGAAGGCCAACCUGUACGUGAUGCAGCAGGAGAAGUUUAUCAAGGGUGAAGGAUUUUUCUACGAACCUCCUCCGCCAUCGCUGGACAGUCUUCUGUACCCACCGUACUUUGCCAAGCGGAUUCCGCGGUCCAAUCUGCUGAUGAUCAUCGUGGAGAACGAGUAUCAGGCAGAGAGAGUGAUCCUCUCGGCGGCACCGGAGGUGAUCUACCACAACGAUACCGACGGUUUGCCGUGCGUGAAGACUAAACUCAACUUUCUUCCCCGCCGACGUUUGGAAGAGUGCUACACGGAGCACCCGGACGAGGAACGGGUGGCCCAGUGUGGCAGAGGAUCCCGCCUAGCUAUUCAACUGACUGUAGUGAUAUCGACUCUUGUGUCACUGUUGUUAUCUCGAUGUGCCCAAACUCUAGUCCAAUUUUAAGUAGUUCAACCCGUAGAAGUCUGAAGAAGGUUUUUGUACUAAUGCCGGCCGUGAAAGCCGUAAACGGACACUGUGACGCACACGAACUGUGUUUGUUGGAGAGCAUGCACCUCGCGUGAAGUUUGUGAUUUUUUUAGCACUUCAACCUAACGAAACCAACGUUGAAGGGGAGGGUUCCGACGAGGAACCAAUCCUAGAAUCGUAAUGGAUGCUGGAAUGUUACCCAAACAAACCCGACGAGAACCCUCGCUCUAGCCCAGGGAGCCUUUUGUGAAGACCUUAUUGUGACCGAACGGAGCACAUUUGUAAGACUUACUAACCAAGGCACCGAAAGGCGAUGGCUGAACCGAUGGUGUCACCAGUGUACCACAUAUUAUAAAAAAUCACUCUUCCAAAGACUAUGAUGUGAACUGAUGAGCUGCACUCGAGCCUCCAGCCUCACCGUCUGUGACAUUAACAUAGUUUAACUGUUGCACCGUUAACACCAUCCACCUGCUCCAUCCAUCUGGUAACACUAUUAAAGAAACGUGUAUUUAUGUCUCCGGAAGUACCACACCUCCAUUGAUGGUAGCCUUGCCCACCAAGACACUGGUUGCACUUGUCAGGAGAGCUUUAAAUCGGGUUUUAUACUGAAAAUGAGGAGGAGAUUUUAUUGUUCUAUAGUUAAACAAAUUCACACCCACCAUAUUCACGAUUGACACCAUGAAGCAAUCAAAAUAGUGCAAUAUGUAAUCAAAUAGGACAAGCAUCCGACGACACGCUCUUGUUCAGCUCAAGGCUUUGGUUACGAAUUGUACCGCUCAGUUUUGGAGCUUUACUCAGCGCACCCUAAGACAUGUUUUACUACAUUUGUAAGUUCUUUAGCCAAAUUUUGAAUUAAUUACCCCAGUUAAAUCUGAAACCCACCAGUUGUCCCGGGUGCGAUAGUGUUUGGUACCUCUUUCGUGUAAUCCAACGUGUACCCGCAACAGAACGGAACGAAUGUGACCGAAUUUAUUCUCCAGAGUUUUGCAACGGUUCUCAGUAAAACAGGUCAAUCAACAAAACUAAACAAUCAAAUCAAUAGAAAAUGAUAGUAAUUUUUUUGAAUAUUUUAUUUUACAUACUUUUUCUCUCACCCGGACGGUUGUAAUCCAAAAGUCAUUCCCUGUACCAGGGUUUAUGUUGGAUGCCCGAAAUUCAUUAUCAACCAAACGUUGCGAAAAUGGGUACCGUAUAGAGUUCCUCCCAUAUAACUGAAAACAACUACAAACCAACAAACAAUUAAAAAAAGUCAAAGCAACCAAAGAGGAUUCGCGCCGAAGUAUCGUCAUUCAAUCGCGAUAGAAAAAGCGCAAACGGGCAAAGUUUUAAAAGUUUAAAUUUUGAAUUCAUUGAAAGACAAAUUAGUCGGUAUCCACAAAAGCAGUCAGUGUAAAAAAUAAUAUUCUUUUAAGUUUAUUUGUAGGUGGCUUCUAGUUCUAUUUAACAACAUUUGCGGUACGUUUCACGAUCAUUUCGGGUGUUGUUUUUCUGUACACACAACUAAGCGUUUUGCCAUUCCCGUUGGCACAUCAGUGGACAGGUUUUUUUCAAUUUUUAGGAUAAAUUUUAAAUAUCGUAGUCACUGUGUUUGAUCGUUUUACGUGUCACGUUCUGUAUGAAAAAAGAAAAAUAUCCAAUAAAGCCAUUGUUAAGUUUC